AUGGACGGGAUUGACGGACUGGGAGGCGAAGGUAGCGGAAACGGACAAGGUGCGCGCAUACAUGCAACGGGUGGGGCCAUUUUCUCACAAAAAUGCGUAGACUGGUCCUCCUCGCCGCUCAUCAAUCCUUCAGGCUCGCAAGAACGUGCUGCGGACGAUGAUUUCUUCAGCGCCGGCACUGGGGCAGAUGCAAGCGUAGCGUCUGGCUCUUCAAUCAAUGCUGCAGGCCAGCCUCCCCUACCAAUUAACGGGUCCGGUUUUGCCUCUGCUGCCACACUCCACGGCCGUACCGCGCCGCCCCGGCCGUUCACUGGAUUCUCCUCCGCUGCCAAACUUCCCGCAAGGCCACAAUCGCGUCCUAUUCAUCAGCCCGAUGAGCGAACUACUGCUACACCAUCUGCCCCGUCCAAAUUUGCAGGAUUUGGUCUCGCAUCCGCCCUCCCACUCCAAGCCGCAGAUGAUCAGCCACCCUCCCCACCUCCACAGCAGGACUACGACUCGUGGUUCGACUCCGAAGCGUCUGCCCUCCCUCCGGAUGCAGUCGGGUUCAAGACGGCGCGGGCCAUCUUGGACACCUCUGAGGAUGCGGUGGAGCCACCCGCUAGCCAGAUAUCGCAGUUUGGUGGCUUCACGUCGGGUCUGGCGAAAUGGAAGCCAGCAUCUCAGGCAAGCGAGAACGAAGACACGGAAGCAGAUCUAGCCAGAGCGAAUGUGUCUUCCGGCUUCACUUCUGCUGCCUUAGUAGACCCUGCGGCCGCACCGAUGGUCAGUUUCAGUACCGCCGCACAUAUCCUCGUGGGUAAGACCAAUUGGGCCGCACCAUCCGCCGAGGCACUUGCUCGCGCAGCACAGAAGAUGAAGCAAUGGGAGGCGGAGAUUGACCUUGAAGAACAACCCUCAGGUGCAGCGAACACAGAGAAUAACGCGCCCCCGAACUCUCACCCGCCCGCUUCUCGUCCGCCAUCCCUCGAGACCCCGCUCCGCCCUGUACUUCGCCCGAUGGAGAACGGGUUCUCUGUCAUGCAGCCUCCUGACACGCCCUCCCCUGCGGGCGCUGCGCCCAAGAAUCCGCCGCACUUUACCGUGGUGGCGGGCAUGACCAUCAAGAACACGCCCUUCAAGUCCCCACUGAUGGCUAAACAUCAGGCGCAGCCGCGCUCUGUCUCCGCGCCCUCGCUCUAUACGGGCUCUCCGCUAAACCCGGAGCGGUCUACUGGGUUCAGAGCGGCCCCAUUCGUUUCCCCUGCGAAACCAGGGACCAUGCCGUUCGCUUCGCCGAUGAAAGCGAGCACGUCCUCGCUUGCCUCACCGGUGAAGGCGCUCGGGAUGACUCCGAGGCGGCUGGGGUUUUCGAGUACCGCAGGAAAGGGCAAGUUCGCAUCGCCCUUCAAGCCUGGCCUCGCGCCGGGCGAUCCGGGGAGGAGCCAGUUGGACCUAAAGCUGAAGGAGGAGCAAGCGCGGGCGAACAGUGCUGCUCCUGUACAAAUCCAAGUCGUGGGUGCGCCAUCGAGCAAAGGCAAAGAAAGGAAGGAUUGUCAGUUCUUCGACCUCAAUCCGGUACCGGAGAGGCAAACACUUGCUUCAUCUGGGUUGCAACCCUUGUCGUACACGGAAGACGACCUAGAAGACAUGGGGAUCAACGUCGAAGAACUCCGGCAGAUGCGUCCCAGCAAUGCUGUAUUCUACAGGUUCAAUUCCGCAGUGGCUACAGUCGGCAUCGAAGACCCGGCAGAAUCCGAGCAGCUUGGUCCCAAGGCUGCGUUCGUGCACCUCAAGGAACGCGGCUGCGAUCUAGUGACCCAGGAGUGGGUCACAACCCAAUACGGGCUGAUAUUGUGGAAACUUGCGGGACUGGUCUGUCUGGAGCCUGAACGCGAACAGAAUGUGAAGACGAAGAGGUGGUGCUGGCCUGAAGUGAUCCGCCAACUCUUGUACAGAUAUGAGCGCGAGCUUGUCGGCGGGUCCCGCCCAGCACUCCGCUUGGUCUCGACUGAGGACGCUCCUGCGGCUUGCCCUAUGAUCCUUUGUGUAUCCAACAUCGUCAUCCUGGGUACCUCCCCGAGGGCCAAGAACGGCACAGCCUACGAGCCACAUCCCGAACUAGAAGUCACAGAUGGUUGGUAUCGAUUGCGAGCGAACGUCGAUUUACCGCUGGCGCGAGCGAUCCGCAGAGGACGGAUUUGCAUUGGAUCGAAGCUAGCCAUCUCGGGGGCGAAGCUGUCCGGAGGGCGUAAAGAGCCUUGCGAGAUCUUGGAUGCGUAUGACAACACUAUGCUCGAGCUGACGGGUAACUGUACGAACCUGGCGCCGUGGCACGCCAAGCUAGGCUUUGUGAAGCAACCUUUCAUCGCGACUCUGGACAAGUUGACUCCGGAUGGCGGAAAUGUUCCUGCUAUGGAUCUUAUCAUCACGAAGACCUACCCCAUCGCAUUCCUGGAAUUCAUCAAGCAUGAGGACGGGUCCACAUCGAAGAUAGGGCCACGAGACGAGAAAGAGGAGAUGAAGGCACACGAUCAGUGGCUGGCGAAACAGGAGAUGGAAUCCUCCAAGAUCAGGGAAAGGCUGGAGGCCGAUGUACAGCACCUCCUGAAGCUCGCUGAGCGGCUGUACUCCCGUGCCGGUCCCCAUUUCGACCUCAGCUUCAGCCGAGGCGACCCGAUGCCUGAUUACAUCGAAGGCCUUUACGAGAAAAUGAUGGAACAAUACCUCAAACCAUCCCAAGCGUGGGACCGAAUGGACGCGUUCACGGCGGGUUGGCUUCACGUCUACUGCAAGCAGCAAGCCGACUUGGCUAUGGCGCGGCUUCAAGAUGAUCUGGAGAAAGAGAUGCGGGAUAUAUGUCCGCCGAGGAAUGUGAGGGACUUCCGUGUCGUCGUCGCGAAGGACGCACGGUGGCACAAGAAGGAAGCGAUGCGUAGUGUGCAGAUCACGGUAUGGGAUCCGCUCAAGGUGGUGUUCACCGAGAACGGGAGUCCCGGAGAAAUCAAGGAGGGCCAAAGGUUCUUGGUCACCAAUCUCAUGCCGAACCAAGGCAAUGCGUGGAUGACUCCCGCCCCGGGCGCGGAGGUGUAUCUCGUGGCGAAGCGCACUUCAAGGUGGACGAAUAUCAAGUCGGCGAAGUGCUAG